AACAAACUUUCUCUUUUUUCUCUCUCUAAUUUCGCCGUCGCAGUCGGCGAAUAAAUUCUAAUUUAUUAUUUUAUUUUAAUUUAAUUUCUACUAAAUAUCCGUUACCGGUUGUACUGUGUCCGUUAAUUUUCUUGUCAGAUCCAUUUAUGAUCGUCCGAUCUUCCCCGUGAUCCCUGACGACAGUACAAUUAUUACUGUUUUGGAUUUCUUUUCUCAGACAGGUUCUGUUUUUUUUUUUUUCCCUUUUUCGUUUUUAUAAUUUGCCAAUUCAAAGACAGAAAAAUUCGUAGUAAUUCAGUUCUUAUUAAGAGUCUUCUGGAUUUUUCGGGUGGUUGUUGAUGGGAAUGUGAGAUGUGUUUGCGUGCUUGGAGGUGCAUUGUUGCCUUGAUUUGAGUUUUUUUGAUCGAAUCGUUCCGGAGUCAGAUCGUCGGGUGUCGUAAUUUCUUCACGAAACGUAGAUGUCGGGUCCGCUGGAUCGAUUCGCCAGGCCUUGCUUUGAGGGGUUCUCAGGUAGUGAUGAGAAGAAAGAAAGGAAAUCUGAUUUUGAGAACUCUGAGGAUGAAAGGCGAACAAGAAUUGGAUCUUUGAAAAAGAAGGCAUUAAAUGCAUCCUCUAGAUUUAAGCACUCUCUCAAAAAGAAGAGUGGCAGAAGAAAAAGUGAUGGCCGAGUCAGCUCUGUUUCCAUUGAGGAUGUUCGUGAUGUUGAGGAGCUACAGGCUGUUGAUCAAUUUCGGCAAGCAUUGAUUUUGGAUGAAUUGCUACCAGAAAGGCACGAUGAUUAUCACGUGAUGUUGAGGUUCUUGAAAGCAAGGAAGUUUGAUAUAGAUAAAGCAAAGCACAUGUGGGCUGAUAUGCUUCAGUGGAGGAAGGAAUUUGGUGCGGACACUAUUAUAGAGGAUUUUGAGUUUGAUGAGUUGGAUGAAGUUGUUGAGUAUUACCCCCAUGGUCAUCAUGGUGUUGAUAAGGAAGGAAGACCUGUUUACAUUGAAAGGUUGGGAAAAGUUGAUCCCAACAAACUCAUGCAUGCUACAUCAAUGGACCGGUAUGUAAAAUACCAUGUUAAGGAGUUUGAGAAAGCAUUUUCAGUGAAGUUUCCUGCAUGUACAAUUGCUGCAAAAAGGCACAUAGAUUCAAGCACGACAAUUUUAGAUGUCCAAGGCGUGGGUUUUAAGAAUUUCACUAAGUCUGCAAGAGAACUUAUAUUGCGACUACAGAAGAUUGAUGGUGAUAAUUACCCUGAGACUCUCCACCAAAUGUUUAUCAUCAAUGCUGGUCCUGGGUUUAGGCUUCUUUGGAACACCGUCAAGACCUUUUUAGAUCCCAAAACCACUUCCAAGAUUCACGUUAUUGGAAACAAGUACCAGAGUAAAUUGCUAGAGAUAAUUGAUGCCAGUGAAUUGCCAGAAUUUUUGGGUGGUAGUUGUACUUGUGCGGACCAGGGAGGUUGCCUUCGCUCUGAUAAGGGCCCAUGGAGAAACCCAGAAAUAUUGAAGAUGGCUCUUAAUGGGGAGGCUUGUCGUGCCAGGCAGGUUGUCAAAGUCCUGAAUAGCGAGGGCAAAGUAAUUGCUUAUGCCAAGCCACAUUAUCCAAUGCAGCUGAAAGGUAGCGAUACAUCCACAGCUGAGUCUGGAUCUGAAGCUGAAGAUAUGGCUUCACCAAAAGCAUUGAAGAGUUAUGCCCAUCUUCGGUUGACACCUGUCCGCGAAGAAGCUAAGAUAGUUGGAAAAACAAGCUAUGCUGGUAACUUCUCAGGCUAUGAUGAAUAUGUUCCUAUGGUUGACAAAGCUGUUGAUUCUGGUUGGAAGAAUCAAGCAUCACUUCAGAGGCCUGCCUCCCAAGAGACAAUCACCUUACCCGAGGCUCCAAAGACUCCAGAAGGAGUUCGUGCUCGUGUUUUAGUGACUCUUAUGGCCUUCUUUGUGACACUUAUCACUCUCUUCCGUUCAAUGAUGUGCCGUGUAAUAAAGAAGCUUCCAAGCACGUCUGGACAUGGUGAAAACAUUUCCGAACCCAAUCCUGAGACACAAAAGGAGGAUGUUAGCCCCCCUUCAUCAUCUCCAUCUUUGAGUCAAGAAGAUCUCCUGUCGUCUGUGCUUAAAAGGUUGGGUGAGCUUGAGGAGAAAGUUGAUAUGCUACAGGCUAAGCCGUCUGAAAUGCCUUAUGAGAAAGAGGAAUUGUUGAAUGCUGCUGUAUGCCGUGUUGAUGCACUAGAAGCAGAGCUAAUUGCUACUAAAAAGGCUCUUCAUGAAGCUUUGAUGAGGCAAGAAGAGCUACUUGCUUAUAUUGACAGUCAAGAAGCCAAACUCCGGAAAAAGAAGUUCUGCUGGUGAGAUGGUUUGCUGAUGGCACGGCUACAUAAAUCAUCCUUGUUUGUUGUUUGUCUUGUUUGUGAUUCCCACAGGAGUGUUUAACCUUCAACCACCCAUGUUGAUCUUGCUGAGUGAAUAUACUGUUUUAAACAAUUUGAUUUUCAGUUUAUGGAAAAUUUAUUCUGAAUCACCAAUCCUUAUUCAAGCAAAUGCUUAUCAACAAUCCUGUUAUACUGUUA